AUGGCGGCGCCACCGUCGUCGGAUAGUGCGUCUACGUGGUCUGUGAUUUACCCUACAUAUUUCGACAAGAAAGCGACCAUCAGCGGCGGGCGACGCGUCAGUUUGCCGCUCGCAGUGGAGAAUCCCCGCGUCGAGGAUAUCCGCGCCGUUUGCGAGAAGCUGAAAGUGCCCUAUGUGUUAGAGGCGAACAAGGCAUAUCCGCGUGAUUUUAUGAACCCGGGCCGGAUCCGCGUGUACUUCCUGCAUCCCAAUGCCGAGUCGAAGGCUCUUACAAAGUGCGCCUUCAUUUACGAGAUCGCACCACUGAUAGCGCAACUGAAGCUGCGCCAACAGGCCGAGGCCACCGCAGCAUCUGCCAGCAGCAGCAAGGCGGGAAAGAAGAAGCGGCGGUGA